GAGCAAGCAAUAAAGAAGGUGUCUGAUCAGCUUGUAUGUUCAGUGUGCCAGGAAGAAUAUUCAAGGCCCAGAGUAUUGCCAUGUCUUCAUGUAUUUUGUGAAAGUUGUCUUGAGAAGCUCGUUGAUAUGCGAAGCAUUCUGUGUCCAAACUGUCGUCGUUCAGCUUCUCUUCUUGGCAGCAGUGUUUCUAGUUUUCCACGUGCAUUUUAUAUCCAGCAUCUCUUUGAAAUAAGGGAGGCACUUGAGAUGGCACAAAACCGUAAGAAGGCAUCAUGCAGUAAGUGUGGGGAGGGAGAAGUGCAGGCUUUCUGCGCAGAUUGUGGCCAAUUUAUUUGCAGUUUUUGUCACGAUAUGCACCUAAAGUGGAAAGAAUUGCAGGGCCACCAAAUCUCCAGCCUUUUUGAAGUUCAGGAAAUGGCCUCAAAAAUGGUGACUCCGAGAAAGGUGACAGUGUUUUGCACCAAGCAUUCAACAGAGCCAAUCAAACUUUUCUGUGAAACCUGCGAAGAAGUAAUUUGCCGAGAUUGCACGGUAAAAGCCCAUCGCUACCACGAGUACGAUCUCAUCCCAGAAGUGUUUUCCAAGUAUAGAAAUGGCAUUGUUUCCAGUCUAACCCCUUUGAAAGCUGAGUUAACUUGCUUACUUGAACAGAAGAAUGAUGCGAAUAUCUCCUUGACAGCAUUGGAAGAGGUUCACGAAGACUUUAGAAAAGAAACAGACGAUGACUUUGAUAAACUAAGGGCUGAAAUGGAGGAUAUUUUCAAAGAAUCUCUAGCUAAAAUAGAAGCCAGUAGGCAAGAAUGUCAUUCACUAAGAGAUCAAGUUGUAAACAAGCGAAGACGUUUUCUCCAGGAUAAAGUUGAUGGUUAUAAUUUGAGGGAGGCCGAAGUGAGCAGUUGCUUGGAAUUUAUUGAAGGAAGUAUGAGUAGCAGUACAGAAGUGGAGGUUCUCUCAAUGAAAAAGCAGUUUCAAAAGCGUGUGGAGGAGGUGUGUAGUGAGUACAAGCCCCCAUCGGAAGAUCUACCGAGUAUCCUUGUAGAGAAUUCCCAGCAAAGUCGUAAUAAAGCAAACCUUCCAGGGUUUUGUGGAAUCUAUGUACUUUCCAUAAGAAAGUUAAAUUAUCCCUGCCAAAUUACCUGUGCUGCUACAGGAGGCUUGCUGCUGUUGCAGUCGGACCAGAUGGCUGCGCGUACCUCAUUGAACAAAGCUCAAGUAGGCUGUCCGUUUUCAGCGAAAAUGGAGAGUACAUCAAAUCCUUCACUAUCGAUUUCAAUAGUAAAGCCAUACUUCAUGGACGCUCUGUACUGAGUAUUGCCAUUAAUUCGGAUGGCUACAUGCAUAUUAGCGAUCAUAGUAAUGUUUAUGUGUUUAGGU